CCCUCGGCCGCCGCCAUGGAGGGCCCGAGCGGCUCCGAGACGCUGCCCGUAACCCUGGUCAUUAAGACGCCCAACCAGCGCUACAGCGACCAGACCAUCCGCUGCCCCGCCGAGUGGACCGUGGGCCGCCUCAAGGCGCACCUGGCCGACGCGUACCCCGGCAAGCCCUCUACGAAGGAUCAAAGACUGGUGUACUCUGGCCGACUGCUUCCUGACCACCUGCAGCUGAAAGAUAUUGUCAGAAAACAAGAUGAAUAUCAUAUGGUCCAUCUAGUCUGUGCUUCUCGAACUCCUCCCAGUUCCCCACAGCCCAGCAGCCGGAGAGGCAGUGAGGAAGCGUUGACCUCCAUCAGCAGUUAUAGUUCAGAUAAUUCGGGAUCAUCAACGCCGUCUUCGAGUCAAGAGUCCCUGGCUCCCACAGUCAGUUCUGGCUCCGAAGGACUGAGGUUCCGGAGCUCACCACAAGCACCAGCCGAUCCCGAGCAAAGCCUGCCGUUCCCGUACGUCAUGCAAGGAAACGUUGGGGAUCAGUUUCCUGGGCAGGCUCUCCCAGCUGGACUCCCUGUCUACCCGGCAUUCAGCCCUCUCCAGAUGCUCUGGUGGCAGCAGAUGUACGCCCGGCAGUACUACAUGCAGUAUCAAGCUGCUGUUUCAGCCCAGGCCACAUCCAAUACUGACCCAGCCCGACCUGCUGCUGCCCAGGCUCCCAGUCUGGCCAAUGUCCCUGCACAGGAGCCCCCGCCUGGCCCAAAUGCCGGGGCCCCGGAGAACCGAGCCCUGAAUCCCAAUGUGCAGAUGAAUGCCCAGGGAGGCCCUGUGGUCAACGAGGAGGACUUGAACCGAGACUGGCUGGACUGGAUGUACACGUUUUCUAGAGCUGCCAUCCUCCUUAGUAUUGUGUACUUCUACUCCUCCUUCAGCCGCUUUGUCAUGGUCAUGGGCGCCAUGCUGCUGGUCUACCUACACCAAGCUGGAUGGCUUCCCUUUAGACAAGAAGGAGGGCAGCUCCAGGUCCCCAAUAAUGCUGAUGUGAACCAUGAUGGGCAGAAUGGGAAUAAUCCAGACCUUGAAGAAAUGCUUCUCAUGCACAUGAAUGUUUUCAGCACAAGUGAGCUUCAAAAUGUGUGCUUUUUUAAACAUCCUUUAAGGAGGAGCGCAGUGUGACAAUGUUGGUCUUCCAUGUUUUAUUCAUUUCAAUUACGGAUAUUAUAGCAAGAAAAAAUCGUUGUUAGUGCAUAUUAUUCCUUUAAAGAGCUGUUUAAAGUAAAAGUGUCUACAGCAAGGAGCCUGUGGUCCUUGAACAAUGUGAAAUUUGAAUACGCCCAUUUUCUGUGAAUGACCCUCAGAGUUAAACAGGUGAUUUUUAUACUUGUAGUUUUUCCAAAGAAUGCCCAUCACACAGAAUAUGCUAGCGUUAUCUUUUCUUCUGCAGUACAGCAAUAAAAGCCCUCUUCAUGCUUGUUGAAAGCUUGACAUUUUUUAAACAAGUUUUCUGAUGCCAGAAUCAAUGAUGGAACUUUUCUUUUGUAGAAUAUACCCUAUUAAUUGGAACUAACCCUUUUAAAACCAAUAAACAAGCAGCUCUUCAAGGGAA